AUGCUGUCUUCUGUACUGCCUCAUUGUACAUGCUAUCAACCAACUGUUUACAUUGAUCCUUACUCCAAACUAGAAGCUCACGCAACUGUUGAUCAUCACAUUUCAUCGCGAAAAGAUAUUAUGGAUGCUCUAGCAUUUUUAAAACCAUUAGACGAGAAACUUGCUACUUCAUCUUUACUCCUUGGUUUGCAAGUUUGGGAAUAUUCCUUUGAAAUAUUCUCCAGGCAUUCGUGGCACGAUGGAGGUUGCUUGGAUCCUGAAGGUAAUCUGCAGCGAUCAGCUGGCUUACUGAAACCACCAUUAAAGGCAGAAGUAUCACAAUUCCUCUGUAGAGGUCGUAUUAGAAUUAAAGCUGCUUCAAAUUUUGAAUCAUUCCAUUCUGAAAUUCUUGGUUAUAAGCUGUCUGAUGGACUUUUAUCUCACUUUCACAUAUUUAACAAAUGCUACGAUUCAAAUUUCAUGUCACUUGUUAAGUACGCAAAAUAG